GUUUAUAACCACUCAUCAAUCAAACGAAUUUAAUUAAAAAAAACUAUUUUAAUUUACAUUAAGAAUUGAAUGUAAAAGUUUUUUUUAAUUUUUUUUUCUGGUGUGAUAUAUAAAUUUUAGUGAUAAUGAAGUAAUUGUGUGUUUCUUGUAAUUAUUGAAACGGAACUGUAUUAUUUAAAUAAAUAACCUACUUUCCGUUUUAAUUUAGUUUUCUUUUAGUAGUAGUAGAUUUACUUUUUGCUAAUUUCCAAAAUAUGGAUUCUACGGAUACUAUGGAUAAAGGGGAGUUAUGGGUACAUAAGAUCCUUGCUGACAGAGAUAGCAUCAAACCAAGUCGUGCCCAAUUACGAGUAUUUAUAGAAUAUUUAGAAGCGAAUCCAAUGUUAUUGUAUCAUCAUGACAAAACAAACGCAGCGAAACACGCAAGGAGAAUGGAAUGGUAUAAAUUAUCUAAGAAAUUAAAUGCUAUUUCAGGUGCUAAUAAGAGCCCGGCUGCAUGGAUGAAGUUUUGGAGGGACAAAAAAACUUAUUUAAGAAGGCUCGAAGAAAGAAGAGCCUUAGCUGUAAAAAGCGGUGCUACCGUAUUUCCACUAUGUGCCUUAGAUGACAGGCUUCUCCAAUUGGCUAAGGAAAAUGACAAAUUCCUACUAGCAAAAACGGUAGCUUUACCAUUAGAGAUGGCACCUUCAGAUCCAUUAUCUGAUGAAAUAACACACAAUAAUAUUAUUGGACAUGAACCAUUUAUUGAAAAGGAAGAGAAACUAGAAGAAGACUCUUCACCACCUUAUUCACCUUCGCUCCCUAUGGCAGAUGCAUCAACCGCGCCUUCGGAACUCUCCUUCCCACCAGAGACAGCCGCGCCCCAUACAAAUAAGAACUUCGAAGAAAUUCGUAGUUUUGAACGAAGAGCUUUCAGACGAAACAAGACACGGAAGCGGAGUUCCAGUGGUUUCAAGCAGGAUCAAUUUUAUGACAUGUUCGAGCGUAUAACGGCUUUAGAAGAGAAACGUUUGGAAAUAGAUCAAAUUAAUGCACAAACCAACAGGGAAGCUGUGGUUACGGCUCAACGAUGUGCUCAAGCGAUGGAAGCGCUUGCAGACGCAAUCAAGACUCAGGGUCAAGAAAUAGCAGAUGCUCUAAAAACUAACGGCAAUUUAAUCGCUGAUGCGCUACGAGCGCAAGGACAGAUUAUAGCAGAAUCUAUAAGUAAUAAAGUGCUUUAAAUUAAGAAA